UCCCGCGCUUAAAUAUUUCUGACUGUUGACCACUGUUGACAGCUAAAAUAUCGUAAAGCAUCGUAUGUAUUGAAUUCAAAUUUAUACAUCGAAUUAUUUUGUAAUAGGUAUUAUUAUAAUUAGUAGCAGUAUAGAAUAAUAAUCAAAGUUAGGAUAGAAAAUAGGUAAUUGAAUAAGAAAGAUUAUAGUGGUGUAAAAUUAAAGGAGGUUAGAAGAAUGAUUGACUAGGACACUUGAAUAGAAGAAAGUUUAAACAAAGAUAGAACUCUAGACAAGUUUAUACUCCUGGCGAGUUCUGGUGCUAAAAAACCUACUUAAAGGAGAUAAGUUGAAGGCAUUCCAAAAGAGGAUAUAACAUAAAGGAGAAAAAUGUCUAGCAAUAAUAUUGAAAUAAAAUCAUCCCAAGAAACAAUGCAGAAAAAACAAGAAAUGAAUGGAAGAGAAAGUACAAACGAAGAACAUGAGGAGUAUCAAUAUUUACGGCUUAUUAGGAAAAUUAUUGCAACUGGAACAAUGAAAAGCAAUCGCACUGAGAUCAAUACAUAUUCUAUUUUCGGCGCACAAAUGCGAUUUGGGUUAAGAGACGGUAUUUUCCCAUUACUGACCACUAAAAGAGUGUUCUGGCGAGCAGUAGUUGAAGAAUUAUUAUGGUUUAUUAGAGGAUCGACAAAUUCCAAAGAAUUAGCAGAUAAAGGUGUUCAUAUCUGGGAUGGAAAUGGUUCACGGGCUUUUUUAGACUCUUGUGGCUUCACUGAUAGAGAGGAAGGUGAUUUAGGACCUGUUUAUGGAUUUCAAUGGAGACACUUUGGUGCCAAGUAUCAGGAUAUGCACACAGAUUAUACUAGACAAGGAAUAGAUCAGUUAAAAGAAGUUAUUCACAAAGUGAAACAUUCUCCUGAUGACAGACGUAUUAUAAUGUCUGCUUGGAAUCCAACUGACAUCCCAGAAAUGGCAUUGCCUCCAUGCCACGCCUUAGUCCAAUUUUAUGUGAGCAAUGGAGAAUUAUCCGCACAGCUUUACCAGAGAAGUGCAGAUAUGGGUUUAGGGGUGCCGUUUAAUAUAGCAUCGUAUUCAUUACUGACUUGCAUGAUCGCUCAUGUUACUGGCUUGAAGCCAGGAGAAUUUGUACAUACAAUGGGCGACUGUCAUGUCUAUGUCAACCAUGUAAGCGCUCUUGAGGAACAGAUACAACGUGAACCACGAGAAUUUCCAAAAUUAAAAAUAGUUAGAGAAGUCAAAAGUAUUGAUGACUUUGUUGCCGAAGAUUUCGAAUUAAUUGAUUAUAAACCGCACUCCAAAAUUCAUAUGAAGAUGGCGGUUUGAGCUACACGCCUUAAAAACUUCCUUUAUAAUAUUUAUAAUAUAACUUCGUUUAUUAUUACAAGAAGAAUGAAGAAGAUUUAUGCUUGUGUAAACUGUAAAACUUACAUUUCACUGCCAAAACAUUCGUAGUUCAUAAAAUGACGUUGAUUUUCUCAUUUGGCGUACUUAAAGUAAAAACCAACAUACAUACUAGAUUUUCUGUAAACCAGUAUUCAUAUAAUCAGUAAUCGGAUAUAUUUGCAAUCAGGUGUUCAAGCGCCUGAUUCAAUUGUAGUACUUUCAAUUACAGUAUUUUUUUUCGAUUUAAGAUAGAUGUGUAAAAAAUUAUUUCUAAUAACUUAAAUUUUUUUUAAACUGGAGACGAAAGUGAAUAUAUUUUAUAUACUUGUAAUUCCCUAGCCCUAUAUAAUAAGACUUUAUUUUCUAAUAAAAAUUAUAUUUUUAAAUGUAUCUUAAUUAUAUAUCUUCAAUACCAAUCGCACGCAGUCCAUGCAAAUCCAUCACGAUCAUUUUCUUUUUUUUCCAGUAAAAAUCAUCACAUG